AUGCUCAAUAUCUUACUCCUAAUUGCUUGCAUAUGCAUUACAAUAGCUUCUUUCCUUUAUUUCUUCUACUUUAACCGGUUAAUUGCUUGGUUCAUCGGGCUAGUCAUUCGUCUGGUGUAUUGGAACGACGGAGCGUCCAGUAUAUGGCUUGAAAUUGGAUCUAUUCAUUUCUCCAUCCUUAGUGGAAGGAUACUCUUCAAGAAUGUACGCUACCAUUCAAGUAAUCAAACUGUCAAGAUUGUCAAAGGCCAAGUUGCCUGGCGGUAUUGGAUACGGCGACCAACGACUGAAGAGGAAAUAGGAAUGUCUCUAGGAGGAGGGGGAAAAAUCGCUCCUAGGGAUUCUUCUUGUCGCAUCCAAAUAACGUUGCACGGAUUCGAAUGGUUUUUAUACAACAGAACGGCUGCAUAUGAUAAUAUCCUGGCACAAAUGCGAUCUCAUAAUCCUGUGAACUCUCAAAGACGCACUUCGUUACACAAGUCUUCCGGCCUAAACACGCCUGUCGCAGCCGCGUCGCUGGUUCCCAGCUCUUUACGUACUCGCACGCCAAUCUUUCUUACCAAUUUGGUAACAUGGAUUCGAGGACAACUUCCGAACCUUGACCCGAAGGAUCUACUACCACUUGGCAUCGAUAUAAACAAGGGCGCUAUAAUUUGCGGAAAUCCUUCCACUCCCAAUCUGCUCGUGGCGGAGUUUCAGCAUGGGUCAGGUACUUUUGGGAUUGUUCCAUCGAGGUCGAAAUACGAUCUGUAUAAACAGAUGCUUACGCUGAAAUUCAAACAAGCCCUGGUUCAAUUUGUGGAAAAUGAGCAUUACCGCGACUCUAUGACAUCUACAGGAGAAACCAUUGAGAAUCAAAUCAACAAUUACGAUCUCAGGACACCCUCCACACUGGCUUCCUACCAUACUUUUGCCAAGAUCUGGGAUAGCCUCAAACUUUAUGCUCCUGUUCUCAAGUAUCUAUCAGCGAACCCCCGCCGUGUUAUGCUCCCGACAUCGCAUCUUCGAAGAAGAGCCAACAAAAAGAGUCUAGAUGAAGAUACUCCCUUGGGGAUUGACUUCUCCAAGUUUGAGUAUGCAAUUGAACGAAAGAUUCUUGAGACAUCACUGCUGGAAUUGUGUUAUUAUACGGAUGUCGUUGGUCUCGUCCCUAGAGCCUCAAUCACGCAACCGUCUGCGUCCGAUCCUUUUGACAUCGGUAAUGGUGAUAUUGGGCCAGAGUGGGGAGUGGAUAUCGCUGUGAAUGAUGGGACUUUGAAAUACGGCCCUUGGGCAGACAGGCAACGGGGAGAACUACAAAGAACAUUUUUCCCUCCCGUUUAUAGCGAUUCGCAGGAAAGUCAACGCCUACAGCCUGGCGAUUCACGAGUCUGGACCGCUAUGCGUGUCUUUCUAGAACUUCGUGGCGAAACGACUCUGCAUGUUCCCCUGCGUGAGAGCUCGAAGAACUGGCAAUGGGAUGGAGUCGUAAAAGAAACUGAACGACCUAGAAAGCGAGAACCUGCCUACUUGCACCUUACCGCUGGUGAUCGGUCAUCCAUAAGCUACCUUAUGCCUAUGGUCGCUAGUAAGAGAGGUUACGAACCUAUCCUGGAAGUCCAUCUCGACACAGUGACUAUGACUUCGAGUUUGAAUGAUAUUCGACUCGUCUCUGCUGAAUCAUGUCGAGUUCAUUGUGAGCUACCAUCUCCACUGAAAUGGAAGGCUCAACGUACCUGGAACGUCGGUGUAACUCUCCGGCGACCGACUUUGUAUUUAAUACGCGACCAUAUUAAUAUGUUUACCGAUUUGGGGAAGGAUUGGUCCUCAGGCUCUCCACACGAUUACCAGCGAUUCAUUCCCAUGAUCUAUCAAAUUCAAUUGGAUAUGCAUUACUAUGAACUCAAUCUUUAUGCAAAUGACCAGAAUAUCAUCGACAAGCCGCUUGUUGAGGACGAGAACGCGAUUUUCACUCUUGCUGGUGUACGAUUCAGUUUCAAUACGACCAUCCCCUCGAAUGUCUACCGACCAGAAUCCACGACCGUUCCGCUCUCAAUUGAUGUUCCUGAUGUUUCUCUGAAACUCUCUCUUCCCCGUUGGAACACGAAUGCAUUACACGCGCCAAAGAAAGGCAAUACUUUGGCUAAGGUAGGAUCGUUCCACAUGGAUGGCUCUUACCUGUAUUUUGCCGAUUUUCAUGAAGAACACGUCGAACAACUCGUCCUGACGAUGAAAGUCCGCGAUAUCAUCUUCAAAAGUUUAGGCUGGUCUAUCCGCUACUUCAUGAUACUACGCGACAACUACCUCGGCUCCUUCACACAUUUCUCUACCUUGUACGAAUAUCUGCGUAAACAGAAAAGAGGUGCUCCACUAGGCGAUCCUGUUAAUAAUAUGAUGCAGGUCGAACUCGGUAUCAAUGUAUUGGAUGGCUUUAUUGUUCUUCCCGUGGGACUCCCGGGGUAUGAGAUUGGUUUAGAUAUGCCCGCAGCACCACCGAAUAGCAUCGGGCGUUGCGUGGUUAUCACGAUGCCGGAACUCAACCUACAGUUACGCUUGCACGAUUUGUAUAUGGAAAUGACCCUCAACAUUGGGACCAUUAGUAGCAGCAUCGAAGAGCAGUUUCCCGAGACUCUUACCUAUCCAGAAAUCAAGGCCAAGAAGGCGCACGCUGUUCUGAUUGUCGACGGCAUUGACAUCGUUGCCAAUAGGUUGUUCGGUCCAGUACCUCGCACCAUCACUUAUGUCUGUCUUUGGGAAAUUCACGUGGGCGGCAUCAAAGCCUCGUUAUCUGCUUAUCAAGCGACUGUCUUCCAAGCCGCUGUUCGAGCCCUUGGAAUCAACUUCACGGAUCCUCUUAAUGCACCUGCCGAUCAAUAUCAGACUGGUAUUUAUCCUGACAUAACAUUCGUGAAAGUCUCUUUGGAAACAGUCGAGAUUCUCUGGAAAGCAGGUUGUGCGACAGCGCACGUUUCUGUACACAAAGGUCUGAAAUUCGACUACAAUGAUCUUGGAGGCCAAUUCCACAAAAAACUCACCAGUAUACGAUUACCCCACCUCUCCGUCAAGGCACUCCUUGAUUAUAAUGCAUCUAACACUUGGCUUGAAGCUGCCGAAAUCGUCACGGAUGUCUUUCUUGACAUAUAUUCUUCGCCCGCUGGCUGGCAUGAAAUGAGCGCAACACAAGCAGAUUUUGUGUGGGAGCAGGAUCGACCCACUGGGAGAGUUGACCAACUCAUAACUAUGUUGAAGACCACGCGAUCUGUAUCAGGUCAGUGGACUCUAACCUCGGCCUUUGCUAUAACCAUGGUAAUCGCGGAUCCAGGAAUUCGUAAACACUUGAAAAAUGUCUACAUGCCGCAGCCUACAAACCCACGUCAAAAUGCUUAUUCGCGGCGUCACUAUGAACAUCAUCCGCGAAGUGACAUUGGACCAAUCGACGACGUAGUUCAGUCCUCUGAAUCGGACGGAGAAAAUCCUAGCGGUUUCGCAGAUACGAUACGAGCUGCUCGUCCGCUGUUUAGCUCACAUACUCCGGAUGAAAAAAACGAGGAAGAAAGCUUGAGUAUCGGAGACGAAUCCGACAAUGAGGAUCUCACAGAUCGUUCGGAUGGCGAAUGGUCAGAUUCAGAUAACGAACCUGACUCUAACGCUCGCGCCCUCAAACAAUAUGUCCACCUUGUAAGGCACUACAUUCUGCACCGUGGUGAUAGCCCAUCACUCUGGGAAGAGGGACCUUUCAUACCAAUAAGAGAAAAUCAAUUCGCAUAUGCGAAGAAACAUCUCAAUGCUGAAAGAUCGAAUUGGACACCCUUCGCUUUCGAGCCCCCGGAUAAUUCGAAGAAUACCAUCACAGUCAAAUUUUCUCAACACGACGGUAUUGAUCUCAAAUUGACGCCGUUGAUCGUCAACGUUCUUGAGGCUUUACAGUCUGAUCUCGAGUCUACACAUUUCAACGCGGAAUAUUUGACUGACAGAUGGUUGUCUUCAUACAUUGGCGACUUUCCAGAUCCUUCCAAACCCAAGGUUUCCAGUCGCACAAUCUUGGACAUUCACUCUGAAUCCGUCGCUUUGCACGUAUUGCAUCGCCUUGACGUCAUAGAAAACGGCCCUGUUCACAAAAACGACUAUUCGGGGAGAUUUGCCUACCUUGUAUUCACUGCUUCGAACAUCCAAAUUUCCGGAAAUGUGUCUGUUGAGAAUCGUUCUAUUGCCGCCCGCUUCGCUCGCACGGAUAUGGAUUUGACUAGCGUUCACAGCGAUGGGCGCGCCGCAGCAAAGCAGCCAGCCCUUUCCUUUUCUGUCCUCGAAUUUCAAACCACACUGUUCAAAGAUAAUCAUGAGUUUUCCUGCGCGAAAUUGACGGCGGAGCUUUCACACUCACUCCCCUCAUUGCUUAUCUCUGUCGCCAAUGCAGUCGAAGGUGAUCUACCUCGACUGGUUAGAUUACGGAAAAGAGCGAGCGAGUCUUCCUCUAAUGUGAUUCGAUCCACCAUCUACCACAUCCUUCAUUCUUCUAGCAAUGAGUUGGUCAUUGAUCCUUUGUCCACAAUACAGCCUUCUUUCCUGGUUCAAGUUGGUCUACCGCAGAUGUUACGCGUCGAUCCGGCGUUUCGAUUCCUUUUUCAUUUACGCGAUUGUCUUUGGCGUCUGCGAGAGGUCAAUCCCACCUGGGAUAUGGACCGGAUCGAAGCUCAAAAAGUCACGAUAGAUGAUGUCACACCUCUUUUAAGGGAUCGCCUCCUCGCUUUGGAUCCAGAUGCCUACCACACAUCACGAUUAGAGUCCCUUCAGCCUUUGCUCCCCUUCAUUAAACCUGCGACGAAUCGGCGAAAGGAUGAGACUCAUUUCUCAUUCUCUUAUGUGUCAAUCAAACUAAAUUCUGUCGAAUUGAAAGUCGCUGACUCAGAGAAUCGGACCCCCUGCCAGAUAUCCUUAUCUGACAUGUUUUCCGGCUUGCGCUUAAGACAUCACCAACUUUUGGAUGAAGAGGAUGAAUUUCGUAGACUGGCAGCUUCACAGACGUCUCUCCGUUCCAAGUCACCUGACUUGGUUCAGAGAGCCUCAGUUUCCAUCGUUCUAGGGGACAUUCAGACAACAGUUUAUCCUUAUCUUAUAAACUUUGUUCAAGAAAUCAUCCGGGCUCAGAAACUCAACGCAGGUGCUUCUUCCGCCAAAAAACUUAAGAGAGCACGGUUCAAACCAUUCAAUGUGGUGUACAUUCAUGCUGUUCUUACUAUCAAACGAUUUCGGUUGCGCGCUUCAGCCGAGAAGUUGACGUUCGAAUUCGGGAUUUCAGAAUUACGCCACUCAUCAACUGUUCUCAUCCAUCAUCACUCAAAAAAGCAGUCAAUGAACCAUUCACUAUUGUUUACAGAGAUGUUUAUAAAGGCUCGUGCAACGUCUGAGCCUCACGAACACGAUGAUCUCGCGUCACUAACGAUUGCAGAUUCUCUACUGAGCUCUGUGAUGCGAAAUGAAACACUGGAUCAGAGCAUCAAAUUGGCGUUUAAUUUGAAAGCUCUACGCUUCAGCGUUCCACGCAGUGCAUUGCGACUCUAUCAUUUCGUGGAGCAAUGGAGGGCAGACUUUCUCUCGGGCAUCGAGAGUACAGUGCAAGCUCUUAUAUUAGAAGUCAAUAAACCGUCUACAAAUAAUGCCCGUCUCCCCCAGUCACAUUCAACCUUUCCAAAGUCUUCGACUCUCCAGAUCGAUGGCCAGGUCUCAUGUGCCGGCAUUUAUCUGCGCGUCAUGCACGAUACCUGGCUUUCUUGGGAAGUUAAUGAUAUUAGCCUCUUUCUAAACUCUCUGGCAAGAGCUCGUCAAAGAUCUCAUGAAUUCGGUUUACAACUCUCAUCACAACUCUUCGCCGUUUCCACGGAAUCAUCAGAGCCUUCCUACAAAACUCGCGUGAAGUUUGAGUUUCCACCUACUCUUCUUUCUGGUCAUAUCGAUCAAUCAUCUAUCCGUAUAACUUCGUUCAUACACUUUCUGGAAUUGAAAGUGAAACCUUCCUACUGGGAUACUUUGUUAGCGGUACAGCAAAAGUUUGGCCAGGAUUUCAAUGAUCUACUGGUGGUGAUCCAGCAGACACGAUCCAAAAGAUUCCCAGCUCCUCCGGCUUCCCUUUCAAAACCCGAAACUACUACACAGACAGACUUUUCAGUGUUCGUACAGAUGGAAGGGUUUCGCAUUGGCUUUGAAGGGCGAUCCUCUGUUUUGUAUCUUGAAUGUCCUGGUAUACGAUCCAAAUUUGAGGGUGUUCCCGAAAAAGCUUGGUCUGUCGUCGUGACUGACUUGGCUCUUUCUCUUGCUCCACGUUUGAGCAUGACCCCUCACUCAUUUGGGCUUAACAGACAUCAACGCAGCGCAUUCGUUAUCAUCGAUUUCAAGAUUCAAUCAGAGAGCCAAGGAUCUGGGAGUGAAGCCCUUGAAGUUGUCGUUACGAAGAUUCAUGCUGUGAUGCAACCAAGCUCAAUUGGGGAAAUGGGUGAUUUCAUAGAUGAACUUCAGGAGGAGAUGAUUGACCGUCGUGAGCAGCGCACUCAGGAACUAGCCGCAUUCAAACAGAAGACACAACGCCUGAUUAAGACUUUCGAAAUCAAAAAUCAAGAGCCUGCACUGUCUGAUAGGAUUUCAUGGCUGGACAACUACAUCAUCCAAUUCUCGUUGAGUAACAUCGGAGUCGCAUUUCCUCUCGCCCAUGAUCACGAUAUGGACUUGCCCCCGUUAGGAAGUCAUGACUCCACUGCGGUACGGGCAUUCUUGUUUUCCAUCAAAUCUGUGAAGUUCGGAACGCAACGUGGAGAAACUGGUGAAGCGGGAAUGGAAAGCCUAUCGUUCCAAUUUGUCCCUCGCUUCAGACAAUCUGUUCCCACUGAUUUUUUGGGUGAAACCCAUGAUACCCGGAAUCGAUUGCUAUACCCCACAAUGACAGCUCAGCUCAGGUCCUCGAAGUCCGCAACGUUCAAUCAAAUCUAUAUGACUGCCACAGUCAGUGGAUUCGUUUUGAAUAUGGAUUCGACCAUUCCGGAUUAUGUGUUUUCGCUGUUUGAUGUAUAUCGCCACGGCAAAGAGCGUGUCCAAAGGUUAUCUGCGAGCAUACCUCGAGGAGGUUCAAGUAUACCGAACGCUGCGGUAUCCAACAGGCAAAUUAGUCACUCCGCCGCCUCUCCCGAUAUAUUUGCCUCUCUCACUUUUCAAAGUGGUAAAGUAUGCAUGUUCAGUACGGAUGCUUCAAAAUCCUCCCGAAUCAGAGCCUACAGCGGGACAUGGGAUCGUCCGGAAGAACCCAUAGGAGAUGUUGAAGCAGAAGUUUUCAACCUUCCCGUAGUUUCUGUUUGGGCAGAAUAUCGAGCUGCGCCACCUUCUAGGCAGGGAUCAAACACAGAAAUAGAGCCGUCGAUAUUGAUAUUCAAAAGCACGGUCCACUCUAGUCAUAACACGCUCCGACCCAUGUUGCUACCAUUCGUUACAGAGGUCGUCACCCAUGUCGAGGCAAGACUUCGUACUUCAACUCGCAUAGAUUUGCCCUCGUUAGCAGUAGAGCCUGCCGUCCAAACCGAGGUUACUCCUGUUCCUAAUGCUACUUCCACCCUUCGCAUGAGUUUCAGUCUCCGCAUCGAUCAAUCUCGAUUAGAGCUGACUUGUUUACCUGAUGUAAAUGUUGUCGCCGCUGUUAAUUGGGACAGUGGAGGGUUCAUGGUGAAUGUUUUACCUGGUUCUCGGGACGUCACCUUUACUGGAGUUGUUGGCGGAUUGACUAUUGGACUGAAACACGGAUUCUUGAGUGAAGACUGUCUCAAAUUAGAUGCUCGUAAUUUGGCCUUUUCUGUGGCUUUGGGAAAACCGUGCUUCCAGGAUAGGCCAAUGCUCACAUCUAUCUCUUUGGUGGUCGACACAGAGUUUCUGGGGGCUGUUCGGUUUUCUCGACUACAGGAUAUUCUCUGCUUCAAAGCCGUUUGGCUUGAUCGAAUACCUGUUUUCAAUACACAUAACGACAAUGACGAUUUGUCUAAAAUCAAGCCCAAUCACGCUCCUCCUACUACGCCCAAUAAUAAACCGGAAUUUGACAUUGCGAUACUCGUUCGCAUCCGUCGAAUCAAGUUAGAAGUUGACCUUGGGCAAUCCAUCAGUACAGUAACUUUACACCUAGAAAACUCUAAUCUACGCACCAAACUCACCCAGUCUUUCCAUGAAUUGUCCAUUCGGGUUGGUCACCUGGCAAUUACCGCAAAAGGCAAUGUGGCCGGUUAUGCCAACGUGCCGAAUUGUGUAUUUCAAACCAUACAAUGGGUUGGAAAACCUCCCGUCGAAGAUGGUACUCGGGAUCGCAUGCUGGAACUUCGUAUGAUGAGUGGACCGUUGAUUGUCAUGCUUGAAUCGGACUAUCAGAAGUUGCUGCAUUACCGAGCUGAACCUUUGGAAGUCGACAUCCUCGAUGAUUGGUCCAUCCCCAAAUCCAGUCAAACUGAUCGUCCUUUGCGUCUGUCGUUUACAGUCAAGAGUAAAGAAGUCGUGGCAAUCGCUACUGUCGGGACUAUUCCAAAACUCCUAGCGUACGCGAACAAGUUCAAGGCGAACCUUGAGGCUCAAAGAGAGGGAGCGAGCAGGGAAUCAAACACUUUCCGAAUAUCCAGAGCACCCAAACCUGAUAAUCCUCUGUCUGCAGUUGCCGAGGCCAUGAUAACCUCAGCUCGAACUCGUUUCAAAGAAGCUGAUGCUAUUUUGUCGUAUACUAUCCGCCAGCACAUGAGUUUACGUCUGGAUUUACUGUGCCUCGUCGUAUUCCCUCGGACCAUGGGAGACGCAGAGGUUGCACAAUUUGUAGGCCAGGACGUUCGCGGUAGGCUCAAUCGUCUAAUUGAAUCUGCGAGUACUUCCAGCAAGAGGGAUAUCCGUCUGUCGUUCUCUUUCAUGAGGAUAUCUCGGUUCACACAACUCGGACACGCGAUUAUGCCUCCAAUCACUGAGAUCUCGGAUGGAAGGCAGUGGUUAGAAGACUUAUUGAAGGAUGCUAAUAACGCUGAUAUCGUUGGUCUACCGUCUAUGAUAAUGCACAUGGCUAGCACAGAAUCCCAGGAAGGUCUCCAUAAAACACUUGCUUACAACUUUGACAGCCAGUUUGUUCGCUUGAAGGGUGUGCAACAUAGCGAAGACAUUUACAUCACCCUCAACGUUGGCUUAUAUUCAUGGUUGACCGUGUUGCGAAAAACGCUCAGCCGGGAGAUGGAACAAGUUCAAACCGCUGCUGACUGGAGGAUGUUUGCAGCUAACCCAGUACAAACUCGAAGAAAUAUUCCAGAGCCACUCAAUUUGGCCAACCCGCCCCGCUCGGCCACUGUACCUUCCCCUACGAACGUAUUCUCACCUCUUUCUCCCAAAUCUGCCUCGGCAGUGACGACUAACUUUGGAAGUUCUCUGGAUGUAGCUUCUCUAUCCAAAAGUCAGUCGGAAGCCUUUGCCCCUUCACCAACGGACGGCGAGGGCGAAGCGAAAGCUUUCGUCUACCGACCGGGCCACCGUCGCAUUGAACGCUUGACAAUGCGGCAACUGGGCGAAGCAACUCCGGAUGUUAUGCACCCCUUCUUCAUGAAAAAAGCUGGAUUCAGCUUGGAAGAUUCGCUCCCGCAAUACGUUCAUGAAUAUGCCACGGUGCCACUUGAAGAAAUCAUGGAGGUGUUGCUGAGAUUGUAUAGCAGACAAUUGUUAGCAGCCACUAUAUGA